AUGAAUGAUAUUUUGGUAUUUGAAUUAUAGAAUGGAGUUUUUAAAUAGAAUUCAAAUAAAACUAUUUCUUUAAUUAAGAAUAAUGAAUGUGAAGAUAGUUAUUUAUUUCCAAUUAUACAUAAUAAAGAUAGAAAUGUGAUAUUGGUAAGACACAAACACCAUAUCUAUUUGAUUAGACAAUUAAAUGAUGGCACAUUUGAUAUUCUUGCAUCAUUAAAUUCUUAAACUACAGACACUUAUGGAACUAUCACCAAUAAUGCCUAAUAUUUAGUAUUUUGGGAUAACAAAUCUAAUAAAUAUUCAUCAUAUGAGAUAUAAUAUAUAUGA